AUGUCGUAUAAAACGUUGUUCCUACUUGGUCUUGCCACCAUCACCCUUGCUCUUCCUUCAGACAGGGUUAACAAGGAGGGUCUCGUGGCCGGCAAAUUCAUUGUCGCCCUUAAGCCAACUGCCAAUGUCGAUCUUGAUUUGCACGCUCGAUGGGUGUCGGGUGUGCACGAACAAGCCCUCGCCCGCCGCGGCGUCGAGUCUGGUGGGAUUGACAAGACGUUUAGUUUCCCUGGUUUCCAAGGCUACUCGGGAGUGUUUGAUGACAACACCAUCGAGAUCAUCAAGGCCAAUUCCAGUGUCUUGCAUGUAGAACGUGAACAGACCUUUACUAUUGCCUCGCCAGUCACACAGCAAAGUCCUCCCUGGGGUCUCUCGGCAAUUUCCAAUGCCAAUCCUCCAUCUUCGAAGGCCUCCUACACCUAUGACUCGACAGCCGGUGCAGGAACAUUCGUCUAUGUUCUAGACAGCGGCAUCUACCUCGAGCAUGAGGAAUUUCAAGGCCGCGCUGUUUUCGGUGCAGAUACCUCAGGUGUUUCCAGCAAGAAGCAGCACGGCACGCUUGUCGCCGCCAUCGUCAACGGUGCCACAUACGGAGUUGCCAAAAAGGCGACUGUUGUAGAUGUGCAAGUUUUGGGCGAUGAUGGUGGUUCAUCCAGUGGAGUUCUGGCUGGUCUUAGCUGGACGGUCAACGACGUUGUUUCCAAGAACCGCGCUGGCAAGGCCGUCAUCAACAUGAGCUUGUCAGGAGCUAACUCGGUUAUCUUCAACGAGGCGGUGCAGAAAGCGAUUGACGCCGGCAUUCCCGUCGUCGCAGCCGCCGGGAAUGCCAACGAAGACGCUUCAAAAAGCAGCCCCGGGAACCAACCUAACGUUAUCACUGUGGCAGCCAGCAACAAAGACUACCAGCGAUGGGCUUGGUCAAACUGGGGGCCAGCUUGUGAUAUCUUUGCCCCAGGCGAACAAAUCGCAUCAGCUUGGCCCACGUCUGCUUCGGCAACCUACAUUGCGAGCGGCACGUCAGAAGCUUCUCCACAUGUUGCAGGCGUCAUUGCCUAUCUUUUCGCACUCGAAGGUUCGCGCACGCCGGCUCAGAUUUGGUCUCGACUUCAGGAGCUGGCGAUCAAGGAUAAAAUCACAGACGUUAAGGGGGUUCCCAACCUAUUGGUAUACAACGGCAUUGGCAAAUAA